GGUGGGGUAUGACAUACCCCACCUGUUGUUUUUAUCGGUAUAUUUUUUUAUUUGUCAUUGCGACAUUUUAGCAAUUUCGAGUAGCUGGAGCUAAGGGAGUGUGGGAGGGGAUAGUGACGUGGCGCAGUGUUGCGUCAGCCUGCGCUCAUGAUACACGCGUGUAAACGUCUUUGGGGUUAGUCACACCCCGCCACAUAGCUCGUGUGUGCAUUUCGUGACAAAAUUAUUUAAUGCUUAUUUCGCUUUCUCUGCUUAAUAUCGGCUUUUUUUAGCUGAAAAUGGAUGUGGAAAGUGAUGAAAGGCAACUUAGGUCCAUGCUGCAUGAGGUAUUAGAAAAUUCUUCGGACGAAUCAAGCUCGUCAGAAGUAUCUGAUAAUUGUAGUGAACAUAACCUCGAAUCUGAUACGGAACAGGAGAUAAAUGAUGAUCAAGUAGAAAGUGACAGUGAUGGGGAUUCAGACGACAAUAUCACACUUUCAUCUCUGAGAACACGUCGCUCCUCUGUCCAAGUUCAUGCACCUCAUUACAAAUGUAAAGAUGGCCAAAAGUGGUACAAGCAAGCUCCACGAACAAAUAUACGAACUCGGGCUGAAAACAUAAUUAAUGAGAAGCCUGGAGUGAAAGGAGCAGCAAAAGAGGCGAAAACUGAAGUUGAAUGUUGGAAAAUUUUUUUCACCGAGGAAAUGAAGAAUGUUAUAUUGAUCCAUACAAACGAAGAAAUCUUGAGACGACAAGCAAAUUGCAACGAUUCUAAAAGGCUAUAUUACAUGAAAGAAACAACAGCUACAGAACUUGAUGCGUUUAUUGGGUUGCUAUACAUUGCUGGUCUAAAUAAAUCAAGCCGCCAGAAUCUGAACGACUUAUGGAGGACGGAUGGAACAGGAGUCGAUAUAUUUCGGACGACUAUGUCAUUACAACGAUUUUACUUUUUGCAAAAUUGCAUUCGCUUUGAUGACAAAUCAACGAGGGAGGAGCGAAAGAAAACUGAUAACUUGACUCAUAUAAGAUGGCUGUUUGACCAAUUUGUUCGGUGCUGCCAACAAUCCUAUAUAGCACAUGAGUACAUGACAAUUGAUGAGAUGUUAUUGGCGUUUAGAGGGCGAUGCUCGUUUCGUGUGUACAUACCAAGCAAACCUGCUAAGUAUGGCAUCAAAAUUCAAGCACUUGUAGAUGCUAAGUCUUUUUACAUUUUUAAUUUAGAAGUUUAUGCAGGGAAGCAGCCUGCAGGGCCGUACGCUGUCAGUAACAGCGCUUUUGCUAUAGUGGAAAGACUAAUUCAGCCCAUUUCAAAGUCGAAUCGCAAUUUAACUUUUGAUAACUGGUUUACCAGUUACGAAUUGAUGAUGCAUCUAUUAGCUGAGCAUAGGCUGACUUCCACUGGAACAGUUCGCAAAAACAAAAGAUGCAUUCCACCUGUUUUUUUGAAGACCAGAAAAGAACCGGAAAGUUCAAUGUUUUGUUUCCAGAAGGAUAUUUCUUUGGUCUCUUAUGCCCCUAAAAAUAAUAAAGUGGUAAUUGCAAUGUCUACCCUUCACCACGAUGAUAGGAUUGAUGAAAGCACUGGAGACCAGAAAAAGCCGGAAAUUAUUACGUUCUACAACUCAACAAAAGCAGGAGUCGAUGUUGUUGAUGAGUUGAGCGCUACUUACGAUGUUUCGCGCAACAGCAAGCGCUGGCCAAUGACAAUCUUUUAUGGAAUACUGAAUAUGGCUGCUAUCAAUGCAAACAUAAUAUUUCAAGAAAAUGUAAACAAAAACACUACACGAACAGAAUUUCUCCGUAAUAUGGCAUUAAGUUUGGUGUAUACGCAUUUGCGACUACGAGUAGAUAAAAAAAAUAUCCCCGUAAACAUACGUCAGAAAAUUUUUUCUCAAAUCAAUGAACCAUUGCGCCCAUUACUCCAAAAUACUCCUGGACGUUAUGUUAGAUGUCUUGACUGUUCACGCCGCAAAGAUCGAAAGACUAAAUAUGCAUGUGCAUGCUGUGAAAAAGCCAUAUAUUUGGAUCAUGCAAUUUUUUCUUGCAAAGACUGUGCUAAUUUCGAUUCUAGUUCCUAA